AUGUCUUCCAUCCAGUCAAAGCGCGGCGGCCAAGUCUGCGACAACUGCCGAUUCCGCAAAGUCAAGUGUGAUCGUGGCCUGCCUUGCAAGAAUUGUCACCUCGGAGAUCUCCGUUGCCAAUAUCGCCACAGCAUCCGACGCAAAGGCCCCAAGCAGGGCCAAGGUCGGCGACAGACUCAACUUCGACAGGGUUUGGGCACUUUGGAUACUUGCCAGUUCCAGAUCCUCACUCCAGAUGUGCCGCCCGCUGCAAGACAAUCCAGCAGUUGUGAAGAUGCAGUUCCAGCACAACCCCAGCCUCAGCAUGUUCCUCAGUCUCGCCCUGCGCAACAACCAUCAAAUCUUUCAGAUGCGCGUCUACCCCUUAAUCCCGACAUCGCGAAGCCCUCCCAUGGCUCUGUCCUGGAUGCCGGAGACCUGUGCAAACGCAUGUCUUUCUCCCUUGUCGCCCAUAUACAGCUCUUCCAAAGAUUCCUCUACCCGAUCAUGCCUGUGGUCGACGACGACAUUCUCUCUGACGCAUCCCGGCUAGAUGAGCUACCGCCCUCGAGAUAUGCUCUGAUACUGGCAAUAUGUGCUGCUACAAGGAUGCAACUUCGACUGGAUAAGGGAACCGACAAUUAUGAGAACGAACUCAAUUCGGAAAUCCCUAACGAACCACAUUUGACAGGAGACAUUCUCGUUAACCUCGCCGAGACCUCACUUCGCCAGUACAGUGUCAUUGAUGAUCCAAAUCUCGACUCUAUUCUCGUCUCAUUCUUCCUCUUCGCUAGCUACGGAAACCUCAACGAUCCUCGCCAUGCGUGGUUCUAUCUAAAUCAGAGCAUCACUCUAGCGCAAUCGCUUGACCUGACUCGAGAGUCGGGCUACUAUGGAUUGCCGGAUGAUGAGAGAGAGAAAAGACGACGAGUGUUCUGGCUUCUUUUUGUGACCGAACGAACCUUUGCCCUCCAGCACAGAAGAUCCGUCAUGCUUCGAAGCACCGUGAACAAACCCCAGAUCGUCGAUUCGAACUGCCCCGUCGUGAUGCAUGACUUCAUCAACCACAUUCGUCUAUUUGAGUCUCUUCCAUAUUCUUUAUACGAAUGGCAGCCAGAAGGCGACGACGGACGAUUUGAGGACCUCAAGCUUGUCCACGGCAUCAACGAUAAACUCUGCAGCGUCCAGCCAGACCAGUCCAUCAUCGAAAGCCAACGAUUUGACACCCUGAUCACACAGCAGUGGCUCCGGAUAUCCAUGUGGCGAAUAGCAUUCGGUCAGAACCCGUCUUCUGCAUCGGGAUUCGGGAUUCUUCUCCCGCCCGCGCUUCCUAUGGAUGCAGGAAAGAUCAUUAUGUCCGCAUUGAGCUCCGUAGGUACCAAGUCGAAAGAUUGCCACGGUAUUGGCAUGGAGCAGAAACUCUUUGAUGUGGGUGUUAGUCUUGCUGAUACAGCUCAACUUCCAGGCUGGUCCAGCUCCUCAAUUGACAACAGCCCUCGUGACCUCCUUUCUGUGGUGAUCCACGCCCUGUCCACAGUCCGGGGCGCACAAUCACACCUGUUGCCCAAUCUUCUGAAGCACUCGGAAACUCUGUUCGCCCUGGCAGAUCCAACUGCCCAGAUUGACCUCCACUGGGACAUGUCCGACAUGAAUAAUUAUGAUAGGGAUGCUGUUGUUGAGGAGAUUUCUGAGGAGGAUGAAGACUACGCGGGGCCGCUGGCGUGGGAGCAGGACAAUAAUUUGGAUCUACUGGAUCUGAGCACUCCAAUGGCAACGACAACAACGUGGCAGGAUGCGACUAUAUCCUGUGAACAGUUCGAACCUGAUCUGGGCCUUUCUUUUGACUAG